UCUGUGAGACAAGUUGUUUACAUCAUGGCGGCGGUGGAUUUCAGAGACAACCUUCUUGGGAUAUCCUGGGUGGACAGCGGCUGGGUACCGAUACUUAACCCUGGAAAUGUACUGGACUACUUCUCUGAGAGAAGUAACCCCUUCUAUGACCGAACCUGUAAUAAUGAGGUGGUGAAGAUGCAGCGGCUUACUCUGGAACAUCUAAAUCAGAUGGUGGGAGUGGAGUACAUCCUUCUUCAUGCUCAGGAGCCAAUUCUUUAUAUAAUCCGUAAACAACAGAGGCAGUCGCCAACACAAGUGAUUCCUUUCGCUGACUACUACAUCAUAGCAGGAGUGGUGUAUCAGGCCCCAGAUCUGGGAACAGUAAUCAGCUCCAGAGCGCUCUCUGCUGUCCAUGGAAUCCAGUCUGCUUUUGAUGAGGCCAUGUCAUACUGUCGCUAUCACCCAUCCAAAGGAUACACGUGGCACUUCAAGGACCAGGAGGAGAGAGAAAAAACCAAGCCUAAGUCUAAAAAGAAAGAGGAACCGAGUUCCCUGUUUCAGAGGCACCGCGUUGACACGCUCCUUUUGGACCUCAGGUCAAAGUUUCCACCAACGUUCUACCAGCCCAAGCCUGGUGAGAAGCCAAUCCCAGUCGAGGUGAGGAAAGAGCCUGAACCCCCCACAGAAGCUGUUAAACAAGAGGAAAGGGAACCAGCAACAAAGGCCUCCGCACCGGCUCCGCCGAGCAAACCGCCUCCCGAGAAGAGAGCGAGACUACAGUGAGGAGAACAGUCAUUCGAGUCCAGCGCUAACCGAAAGAAUAGCUUGGGAGUAUUUUUGUUGCCUCGUCAAAUUUGAAGAUUGUCUGCUCAUUCGAUCAGUUUACAGGAGGCUAAGAAUGAACUGGCACGAAAAAGAAAUGCCAGUUGCUUGUCUCCGUGCCAGUACUACUUUUACAUUGUAACCUAAGACUUGUGCACGUGAUCAGUUUGGCAUCGUGGACAUUUCAGACAGCUGUGCUACGAACGGGGGUUAGCGACACGAUGUCAGCAGGCAUUUAGCAGUAUUCAACGAGGAUGAGGGUUUUUUGAUGAUAAGCUGGCAUCAGCAUCAGUGUCGGUUUACUGUCGACAUCAGCGUAAUAUUUGUGUUGUAAUCAUUUCAGAGGACAGUUUAAUUCCCAGUCUGCGUUAAAGGGUGAUGUGUCAGAAUGCAUCAUCUCAUCUGUAAAGCAAAAAGCUUCUUGACUUCAGCACCUCUCUUUAAUUACAAAUACUUUCAUCUGUUUCAUCUGUUUUUGUAAGGACAUUUUUGUUGUGUUUUUUGUAUUAAAAUGUAUCAGCUACAGGUA